AUGAAAUGCGAUGUUCAUUGUGCAACAAAAAUACUAACAAUUGUUUGUGGAGGUUUAAUUAUUGCGCUUGCAAUAUCUAGAUUUACGAAUCUGUCUAUUGAGCAUCCAUAGCAAUUUAUUCUUACAAUUCAUUAUAUAUGGAUGGGGGCUGUGUUGAUUUUAGCAGAGUUUCGUUUUGCAUAUAUUCAUUAAAAAUUCAAAGUUUUGACAAGUUAUUUUGGAAGAGGAUUGUAUUGUUUCUUUUUGGGUACUUUAAUGAUAUCAUCGUUUUCGCCUUUGUAGAUUACAUGUGCCGUCGUAUUGUUUGUCGUGGGUUUAAUUUACAUUUUGAUGCAACUAUUUAGUAAAAAAUUUGGAUGGAGUGCGGAAGAAGCAAAGAACCCUUAUUAGAUUCCGUCUCAAAAUCAACCGAAUGCAUAUCAACCACCAUAUCAAUCAAAUGUUAAUUUUUAAUAAGGUGGACCUGCCUUAAAAUGA